GGCGGUGGCGGUUCAGUGACCGAUUUCGCUGAGAGCUGAUCACGAGUACUGAGAGCUGAUCACGAGUCGCGGCUGAGAAAGCCACCGGUCCUCCCUGCUCCGCCGGCUGAACCGCCGCCGCAUCUCCUCCGAUUCCACCUCAUUUCAGAGCAAAAGCAAUCAUCAUGGCCACCAUCACUGCUGCGCACUUCGUAUCAAGAAGCUCACAGGUGAACUGCCAUGGGAGCACAGGAGCAGAAGCUAAGGCGAACUUGGCACAGAUAAGCCUAAGGAAUGCGUCGAUCACCCACAGCGGAUUAAGAUCUGUGAACAAGCUGGAUACUCUCAGAUCUCAUGCAAAAGCAACCAAGGGGAAAGUCGAGAGAAAAGUUAACAAGGCUGAGAAUGACGGCUUGGCUGGAAAAAUUGUUUGCAGAAAGGGGAUGAACUUGAUUUUUGUGGGAGCUGAGGUGGCUCCUUGGAGCAAAACUGGAGGACUUGGUGAUGUUCUUGGUGGUUUGCCACCGGCAAUGGCAGCCAGAGGGCAUCGAGUCAUGACUGUUUCUCCUCGCUAUGAUCAGUACAAAGAUGGGUGGGAUACUAGCGUUUUAGCUGAGAUAAAAGUUGGAGACAGAAUUGAAACUGUUCGCUUCUUCCACUGCUACAAACGUGGAGUUGAUCGUGUAUUUGUUGAUCACCCAAUGUUUCUUGAGAUGGUGUGGGGCAAGACAGGCUCUAAAGUAUAUGGGCCACGGGCAGGGCUAGAUUACAAGGAUAACCAACUUCGCUUUAGCUUGUUGUGCCAGGCUGCUCUAGAGGCACCUCGGGUUCUGAAUCUAAACAAUGGCGAAAAUUUUUCAGGACCAUAUGGUGAAGAUGUUGUCUUCGUUGCCAAUGACUGGCACACUGCUCUUCUUCCAUGCUACCUCAAAACAAUGUACCAAUCUCGAGGGCUUUACAAAAAUGCCAAGGUAGCAUUCUGCAUCCACAACAUUGCCUACCAGGGAAGAUUUCCCUUUGGAGAUUUCGCCCUUGUCAAUCUACCUAAUGAAUUUAAGAGUUCUUUUGACUUCAUAGAUGGAAAUCUCAAGCCUGCGAAUGGAAGGAAAAUCAACUGGAUGAAGGCUGGAAUUAUAGAAUCCCACAGGGUCUUAACUGUGAGUCCGUACUAUGCAGAGGAACUUGUUUCUGGUGUUGCAAAGGGUGUGGAAUUAGAUAACAUCCUGCGAAGAACUGGCAUAACUGGUAUUGUCAACGGAAUGGAUGUUCAAGAAUGGAAUCCAGCAACUGACAAGUACUUAGAUAUCCACUAUGACGAGACAACGGUUAUGGAUGCUAAGCCUCUAUUGAAGGAAGCUCUUCAAGCUGCUGUUGGUUUGCCUGUUGAUAGAAACAUCCCUCUGAUUGGUUUCAUUGGUAGACUGGAAGAGCAGAAGGGAUCUGAUAUCUUAGCAGCAGCAAUUCCGAAAUUCAUUGGGGAGAAUGUUCAAGUUGUUGUACUGGGAACUGGCAAAGAGACUAUGGAAAGGCAGCUCGAGGAGCUGGAGAUCAAAUAUCCAAGCAACGCGAGAGGAGUGGCAAAAUUCAAUGUACCUCUGGCCCAUAUGAUCAUUGCUGGGGCUGAUUUCAUGUUGAUUCCUAGCAGAUUUGAACCUUGUGGUCUCAUACAGUUGCAAGCCAUGAGAUAUGGAACGGUGCCAGUUGUUUCAUCAACUGGUGGACUCGUUGACACCAUUAAAGAAGGGUUUACAGGGUUCCAAAUGGGAGGCUUCAGUCUCGAUUGUGAUGUCAUCGAUCCAGCUGAUGUGGAUGCUGUGGCAAGAACAGUCAAGAGAGCACUCGCAACUUAUGGCACUGCUGCCAUGAAAGAGAUGAUCAGUAACUGUAUGGCUGAAGAUCUUUCAUGGAAGGGACCGGCGGGGCUCUGGGAGAAGAUGCUUCUGGGUCUUGAGAUUGCCGGCGGUGAACCUGGCGUCGAAGGGGAAGAAGUUGCUCCCCUUGCCAAGGAAAACAUCGCCACUCCUUGAGUAACUGGGUUAAACGCGUGCUCGGUUUCUUAAGCACUACUGACAUGUGUAUAUGUUAAGACUUUAACCUGGAGGAAUUUGAUGCACGAGGUCAGCGUUCGUGGGGUGCGUCUGCCGGCCAGUUUGGGAGGGUUACUUAAGAAGCCACGCAUGAAAAAAUAAGUGGCAUAUCUGACGGAGGCUAGUACCUAAUUUGGCUGAAAAGGAAAUAAGAUGCGCAAAUAGAGAUGCUACUUACUUCUGUUGAAAGAGAGAGGAAAAAUCUAAGAGCGUACCGUUUGCGCUUCUAUAGAACUACCUGGUUGAUCCCUAGUUUGAGUAAAAUGUAUGGUUCUUGUUUUCGUGUUUAUUGCUAUUCUGUUUCCCCCAAGUUGGUCGUUUCCCCUC